UCUGUUCCUUUAGGAGCUGAUUAUGGUCUGACUAGAAGCCAAGUGCAAGUUCUCCGAGCUGAAGGCAGGGCAGGGAGCAGUUAAACUCUGCCAAAGUAUUUAGAAACCGCCGAGCAAAGGCUCGGCUGCGAUGGCCUUUGUGCCAACCAGGAGGAAAAAGAACACCAAAUCCAGUAAGAGAGGAAGCAACCAACGACUGGCUGGAUCCUCAUCAGCUGCCAGAGAUACUUCUACCAAUUCUGAAGCGGAGACUGACAAAGCCAAGCCUAAUGAGAAUAGAACAGAGAGUCAGACGUGCCCUCAAGAAAAACAGCCAGAAAAAGAGAUACCAAAAGCACCAUUGGGACCAGGACCAUAUUUUUAUAUCAGUGGAUCUAAUGGAGCAGGGCUUGUGAGCAUCUAUUGCCAGAGCAGAGGCUGGCAGCGUAUCUAUGACAACAGAAGAGAGGAUUAUGCACUGAAAUGGUGUGAAAUCAAGUGCCGAGAGACCUAUUACCAUUUCAAAGAAGGUGAACAGCUUCUCUACCAGAUUCCCAACAACAGAGUCCUCACCAGUAAGAUAGGGCUUUUAUGCUGCCUGAGAGAGCAAGAGCGAGUGAUGAAAAAGAUCAGUAGGAGCUCCAGUUCCAAGUUACUGAAGAUGGAAGAAUUCUUCCCAGAAUCUUUUCGCCUGGACUUAAAAGAUGAGAGAGAUGCCUUUUUUGAGCUUUGCAAAGAAGAAGACAUUUGGAUCUGCAAACCCAAUUGCUCUAACCAAGGUCGAGGAAUUUUCCUGCUUAAGAAUCCAGCUUCUGUCAACAGCCUUCAAGCCAAGCUCCACAGCACCAAGGAACAUCUACUCAAUAAGGGGGUACCACACAAGGCUCCCAAGGCCAGGAUAGUGCAAAGGUACAUUCAGCAGCCUCUGCUCCUGGAAGGGAAGAAGUUUGACGUCCGCUCGUACCUCCUCAUCGCCUGCACGGCGCCCUACGUGUUAUUCUUUGCCCAGGGUUACGUCCGAUUGACCUGUGUCAAUUAUGAUGCCGCUUCUGAUGAUCUGACAGUUCAUCUCACCAACCAGCACGUGCAGAAGAAGAACUCCCUGUACAGCCAGCUGAAAGAUGAGACGGUGUGGCGGAUGGAGCACUUCAACAGCUACGUUAAUGAGAAGUUCAGAAAAACCAAUGGUCUCCCCAAAGACUGGGUUCUCACUGUGUUUACUAAGAGGAUGCAGCAGAUCAUGCUGCAGUGCUUCCUGGCAGCCAAGCACAAACUGGAUCGCAAGCUGGGCUACUUUGAUCUCAUCGGCUGUGACUUUUUAAUUGAUGAAAACUUUAAGGUCUGGCUCCUGGAGAUGAAUGCCAACCCAGCACUGCACACCAACUGCCAGGCCUUGAGGGACAUCAUCCCAGCCGUAGUCAACGAGAGUCUCGGAAUUCAAGUCUGGCUCCUGGAGAUGAAUGCCAACCCAGCACUGCACACCAACUGCCAGGCCUUGAGGGACAUCAUCCCAGCCGUAGUCAACGAGAGUCUCGGAAUUCAAGUUGGUUUUUGCAGUGUGCCUGACCCGGCCGUGGCAGGGCUGGAAUGCCAGGGUAACCCCCUGGACUUCACAAAUACAGCUGGCAGCUCUUACCCAAACUACACAAAGUCUGACAAAAUCCUCAUGUAG